GUUUGCUGUUGUUGGUCUUGGCGUUGUUGUUAAUUAUUAUAGUUGUAGUAUGAAUCGCCAUAGAGCAAAGGUUAUAUUGUUUCUGUCAUUUGUUACUAUUGUCUUACUAAUGGGUAUCAUUAAUAAAUAUGGAAAUACAGGUCUAUUGAAAGUACCAAAGACUGUCUGGCCAACCAAGUCUGAUUUAAAGGGUAGACCUACAGUCCAUAUGUUUCCAACAUUUACGGAAACAGAAGCAAAACAUCGAGAAGAUCAAGUUUUACCGGUAUUUACAAACACUGAUGGAGUUGGCUCGAUGGGAUACACAGAUCCAACAAAGAGUACAUUCUCAGUUAAAUACGGAAAACCAAUUGUAUUUGGCGAGUUCUUUAGCAUCAUCAUCGAAGCACGCGACGCAAACGGUCGUCAUCGUGUCCAGGGCGGUGACUUUUGGUACGCAGUCGUCUCAACUGGAAAGAGGUUUGCUACUGCAGGAAAAGUUAUUGACUAUAAAAAUGGAACGUAUGAGUUAGUCUUUUUCGCUGGUUGGCACGGAGAAAUGACACUGAACAUCAAACUUGUGCUUACAAGCGAGGCUGUUCAGUUUUUUCUACAUGACAUAUGGCACAGGGCAGGCCGCAAAGUAUGGGGAGGACAAUUUAAAGAUGGAGAGCUUUUAGAGAGGUCGUUAUGUAGAUUAGAAACAAGAGGUGUCUGGCAUGAUAAAUGUGAAUACCCGAAUCCACUGGCGCUCGGUGGAAGUUUUGUGAUGCUUUGUGAUCGCCCACCGACUUUGCCAUGCUCAUCGUUUUACGCUUUUCAUUCAAGAUAUAAGCCUGCUAAAACUGAAGUUGAAGUAAGAUAUUCUUCAAUACGAACCACACAUAGCGACUUCUUUACAACAAAAGCAAAUUUCGCUCCACUUCAAAAUGGAACAAUUCAAUUGAAAAGUGAAACAAAUGGAAACUUCACAAUCGAAUCCGUCAUAAACUCAUUAAAUCUACAAAAAUGCCGACCGGAUAUACCAGAACCUUUGAGUGACGGAUUCUGGGAAAACAGUACAUGGCACUCAUUUGCAUGCAAUGCAAAAUUAUGGACCACUGAUGAGAUUAAAGUUUGUAUAAAAGGAAAGAAUCUUAUUUUCAUGGGUGAUUCAACGACGCGACAGUGGUGUGAAAAAUUACUUUAUUACUUUGGCCUAGGCCUUCCAAAAACUUAUUCAGUAGGAUCAAUAUAUGUACAAAAUGACAUUAUAAACAUGACUUUUAGGUUCCAUCCUUACAUUUUGAGUUCCAGAUUGGAAUUGAAAGAUUUUGGGAAAUUCGAGGUUGACCAAUUGGAUUCGUUACCAAAUGACACGUGCGAUUACAUUAUCAUGAUAAGUCCAUGGGCCCAUUAUGAUUUUUGGACCAAAGAGGCAUAUAAAACUCGUCUUAAAAACAUUCGUGCAGGAAUAAUCAAAUUCCGAAAACGGUGUCCAGAAUCAGUUUUUGUUAUCAAAAGCCCACAUCCGAAACAAGAACGUGGUCCCAGCAAGGGAGAAAUAACUGGAUGGCUUGCAAGUGAUGUGCUCUACUAUCAGUUUCGAAGACUAUUACGUGAGACAUUUUCAGGAAUUAGCGUUCAUUUCAUAGAUAUUUGGGACAUGAAUCUCUCGUAUUACACUCCUAAUACAAUACAUAUGCCAAUGGACGUUUUAUUACAAGAACUCUUUAUGUAUUUUUCUCAUGUAUGUUCCAAUUGACCUUGUAAGCCUGUAUCAGAACAUGCAUUUUUGUCACAAUUAAAACACGCCUUGUAAUAAGAAA